AAAACAACGUCACAUCCUGCGUCUAUCGGGGCUUCCAGCAUGGCGGACACCGGCGUGUUGGAGGCGCUUCUCCAGCGGGUUGAGAAGGCGGACGGCGGCGUGGACAGCCUGGCGGCGGCGGCCGGCCUCGGGGUGGACCACCAGGUCAUCGUCGGAGCCGUGAAAAGUCUGCAGGCGCUCGGCGACGUCAUCUCCGCGGAGCUGCGCUCCUCCAAGCACUGGGAGCUGACCGAGGAGGGCACCGAGACAGCCGAGCAGGGCAGCCAUGAAGCCCGGGUCUUCAGCUCCAUCCCCGCGGAGGGUCUGCCGCAGGCUGAGCUGAUGAAACUCUCCUUCGGGAAGAUCGGCUUCAGCAAGGCCAUGUCCAACAAGUGGGUCCGAGUGGACAAGUCCCACGAGGGAGGACCCAGGAUAUUCCGAACUGUGGAGAGCAUCCAAGACCAGGUCAGAGAGAAGCUGCUGCUGGUGAAACGGGGCGACGCCGCUCAGCUCGACGAGAAGGAGAAGAAUGAGCUGAAGAAGAGAAAACUCCUCGCUGAAGUCACUGUUAAGUCUUAUUGGAUCGCAAAGGGAAGCUCCUUCAGCACCACCAUAACCAAACAGGAGACAGAGCUCACCCCGGAGAUGAUCGCCACCGGCAGCUGGAAAGAGAAGAAGUUUAAACCGUACAAUUUUGAGGCCAUGGGCGUGGCCCCCGACUGCGGCCACCUGCACCCUCUGAUGAAGGUGCGAACUCAAUUCAGGCAGAUCUUCCUGGAGAUGGGUUUCUCCGAGAUGCCGACCAACAACUUCAUAGAGAGCUCCUUCUGGAACUUUGACUCUCUGUUCCAGCCCCAGCAGCACCCAGCCAGGGACCAGCACGACACGUUCUUCUUGUCCGACCCGGCGCUCGCUCAUGAGUUCCCUCCGGAGUACCUGGAGAGAGUGAAGAAGGUCCACUCAGAGGGAGGCUACGGCUCACAAGGGUACAAAUACGACUGGAAGAUCGAGGAGGCUCGGAAGAACAUCCUGCGGACGCACACUACGGCUGUCAGCGCGCGCAUGCUGUACAAGCUGGCACAGCAGGAAAAGUUCACCCCUGUCAAGUAUUUCUCCAUCGACCGGGUGUUCAGGAACGAGACCUUGGAUGCCACCCACCUGGCCGAGUUUCACCAGAUAGAAGGGGUGGUGGCCGACUACGGCCUGACCCUGGGCGACCUCAUGGGGGUGCUCCACCAGUUCUUCACCAAACUAGGAAUAACCAAGCUACGCUUCAAGCCAGCCUACAACCCUUACACAGAGCCCAGUAUGGAAGUGUUCAGCUACCAUGAAGGACUGAAAAAGUGGGUGGAAGUGGGCAACUCGGGGGUCUUCAGACCAGAGAUGCUGCUGCCCAUGGGUCUCCCUGAGGACGUGUCAGUAAUAGCCUGGGGCCUCUCUCUGGAGAGGCCCACCAUGAUCAAAUACGGCAUCAACAACAUCCGAGAGCUGGUGGGACACAAGGUGAACCUGCAGAUGGUAUACGACAGCCCCAUAUGUCGCCUGGACUCCUGAGCUUCAACCCUUCUCAUGACAUUAUUCAUAUUUUGAGUGGACCCGUUUUAUCCUAACCCUGUAACGUUUCUGAAGAGGGACAGAAAAAUACCCCCCCCCCCCCCCCUUCUAGGAGCUUUACCUCCUAGAAGUAGCAUAACAGUAGAGUCCAUCUUUGUCAGACAUGGCAAACUCUUUUUAUACCAUCUUACCCAACUUAUCUUGUACAGGAAAAAGGCAACUCUAGAGAUGUGGGGGAGGGCAAAAAUAAAGCUUUUUCUAGCAACCCA